GCGGAAUCACAUGGGCGGCGGGCUUCGAUUUUCACAUUCAAGAGACAAAUCCCUACAUUUUCUAACGUGAUUCCUUCAAAGGAAGUAGAGACAUUUCUCAAAAACGCCUAAAAGUGUUCCCCAAUUGCCUGGGCUUCAACCGUAUUACAGACGGACGCUGAAGCACGUAGCAGCAAACGAGAUAGUAUUUGGGGACAGUCCCGGGCUUCCUUGACGCAUUUGAACAUUCCGUACGCAGGGUCCAAUUACGACAAUUGCCAUGAUACGCAGUGUGCAGUUGACAGCAGCCCCUUCUAUGCUUAAGAAGCCAGAAGAUACAAGCAGAAUUACUUCCGGUGUGACGGAAGUAGACAUGCUAGAUGGAGGAAGCGGAACAGGGCCCUGCAACAGCGCUGCGUACGAGACAAAUCACAUAAAUGUGGACCAUCACAACGCCGCGUUCUCGGCCAUGAAUUGCAUGCGGCAAAAGGGACAGCUGUGCGAUGUGGUCCUAGUAGCUGCUGGAAGAAGUAUUCCAGCCCACAAGGUGGUGCUGGCUGCGAGCAGCGCGUAUUUCCACGCCAUGUUCAACAGUGACAUGAGUGAAAAACUGAAGCCGGAAGUUGUGCUGCAUGACGUUUCGUACACGGCUCUCCAACUUCUGGUAGAUUUUACGUACAUGGGUGAAAUCGUUAUCACUGAGAGCAACGUCCAGGGCCUAUUACCCGCAGCGAGCCUUCUUCAAAUCCACAGCGUGCGAGAAGCCUGUUGCAAGUUCCUCCUACGACAGCUGCACCCCAGCAACUGUCUUGGCAUCCGUAGUUUCGCAGAUGCGCACGCUUGUCAAGAACUGCAUUUCAAGUCUCACCGCUAUGCGCUCCAUAAUUUCCAAGAGGUUUCCCAGACAGAUGAGUUCCUGCUGCUCUCUCUGCAAGAGGUGGAAGAUUUGAUAUCGAGCGAUGAGCUUAACGUGUCAUCUGAAGAAGCCGUGUACGACGCUACGGUUGCCUGGAUAAAGCAUGAUAUGGCAACACGACAGAAAUACACAAGCAAGCUCCUACAGCACUGCCGCCUACCGCUCAUACGGCGCGAAUUCUUGCUGUCUCGAGUUGGAGACGAACCUCUGGUACGAGGCAGCGAAGAAAGCAAAGAUCUGCUAAUUGAAGCCAUGAAGUACCACUUGAUGCCUGAACGUCGUAGCGCUAUGUGCAGUACCAGGACUACCCAUCGUCGUCCAGAAGGACUUCGUUCCUAUCUGUUCGCAGUCGGUGGAGGGUCUCUCUUUGCGAUUCACAGAUGCGAAUACUAUAACCCUCGCACCGACCGGUGGUGCCCUUUCGCUCCGACGAUACACAGAAGGUCUAGAGCUGGAGUGGCAUCACUAAACCGGAUGGUCUGUGCUAUUGGAGGGUUCGACGGCACGAAAGACCUGUCCUCGGCUGAGUGGUACAACCCACAAACAAACGCAUGGACGUUGCUGCCCAGUCUUGGGACGAAGCGUAGCUGCUUGGGCAUUGCAUCACUUCACGGUUUGCUCUAUGUGGCAGGAGGCUAUGAUGGGGCUUCCUGCUUGAACAGCGUGGAGCAGUUCGACCCACUCGUCGGCACUUGGAGCUCCUUGUCUGGCAUGGAGUACCGUCGUCGCUACUGUCGCCUCGCAGUGUUGGACGACUGCCUCUACGCUGUUGGUGGGCAUGACGGCGCCAACUACCAAUCUUCGGUCGAACGGCUCGACCCAAGGGAGGGCAAAUGGCACCUCUUGCCAUCGAUGAACAGCCGUCGCAACAGCUGUGGAGUGGCCAUCUUGGAGCGGUCCCUCUACGCAGUUGGUGGAAAUGAUGGCAGCCUUUGUAUGAACAGCGCAGAACGCUUUGACCUCGCAGCCAAUAUGUGGGAACACGUUGCUUCCAUGCAUUCCAGGAGGACGACCCACGAAGUGGUGCAAGCUGAUGGCUUCCUGUACUCCAUUGGAGGAAACGAUGGAAGCUCGAGCUUGAACACUGUGGAGCGCUAUGACCCACGGCACAACAAGUGGAUGCUAGUCACUGCCAUGAUGCUCCGGCGGAGCAGCGUCGGGGCGACUGUGAUGGAAUGCCCAACCCUGGAACGUCUCAACUAUGCAUCGCCCGGUGAAGUUUGAUGGAACGUCUACAGGUGGUGAAAUUUUUUGAAGAGAGCUAAAGGCUGCCCUGCUAACAGGUUCUCUGCAACCACUUGCCCCAGGCUUUUCAACACACAUGUUGACCAUCUUACACAAGAAGUAAAGCUCCUCCGCUCCAAAUGAAAUUAUUUUGAUGUCCCAUAAUUCCAACAACAGUCGUCAAGAGGGCAUUCAUACGGCUCCCAUAACCUUACAGAAAGCACCGUGAGACAGACAGCUUUUUCAGUGUACAUAAAGUGGCGUGCUGUUCGCACAGAUACUUAUCCGAAGCUGCCAACAAUGCACAUAUGUGCCGAUCGAAACAUUGUUGAUAUUCGUGCAAAACAGCAUGUAGUCGUACAUAUAGGCGUGUAGCAUUUUUGUACGGAAGUCAUAUUCAGGAAGCAGACCAGUGAUACCGAAAACAUGCAUGGGCUGCACCAUUUUCUUCAAGAUAGACGACAUGCUUCACUCAUUAGCCCUCGUGUGGCUGUAAUGUAGCUCGUGCAGGUCUUGCAUGCUGAGGUGUACCAUUUAUUAAUACGCUCGUACAAGCAAAGCAAAUUCAAAACUUCCAAAUAAUUCCGUGAGCACUUGUACUAUUUAAGGCAUAAACAUGAAUCCUUCCGUUUGUACUUUCAGUACACACCACCAGGUUGGCGCUUCUUGGAACAAGGCUACACAAAUACAGCAUUAAUAUAUGUGGUACCUAUGCCACUUGAACUGUUCUGGUAUUGGUACUGACAUGACACAUUUUUCGUGACCAACAAAUAGAGUAACAGGCGAAGGAAUGUAGCUCGAAAUUCUCCAAAAUCUGUUCCAAAAUAACUGAUGUUUUGCAGCAAUGUUAGAUAGCAGUCUGUGCUUUUCGUGUAGACUAUGUCUGAUUAUGACUUAUAGUGAGAAGAUUGUUGAAGGCAUUAUUGGAUGCAAUCUUGCUGCAGCUUUUCUAAUAGCAACAUCAUAACGACAAGCUCUCAACGACUGCACUGCAGCAUUUCCAGUUCAGUGUUGCUGCUAGGACAUAUCUUCGACGAUUAAAGAGAUCAAUACUUCUCAUCCAAAGAUAUUUCACGUGGGGUGUCAUGAUGACGCCUGCAGAAUGCUCUACACAUACCAUACAUUCCACUACAAGCAAGGUGUACACGUUUUUUGUUUUUGUUUUUAAGGUGUUAGGGUAGUUCUGAAAGCAGCGUCGAGGUCUGAGAAUACGAGGGCCAUUUGCCAUUCUUCAAAAAAGCCUCGUUUUUGCUUGGUGAUGUUCGUACAUCACAGACUCGUAGCCUUGGUUGGAAUGUGCAAGCCCUUAUACCUAAAGUUUCACAAGCAAAUGUCGCAAAAAAAAAAAAAAAUCUCCAUACUUAGAUGUGUUUAUUCAAACCCAACGAACAUGUCACAUGAUUUUGUGAUGAAAAAUGUGUAUGAAUGCCCACUGUGUUGGUAGUUCCUCAAUGUUCCUGGUGGCAGUCUUUAGUAAGUUCCUAUUUACUUUACCAUUGUAAUGCUGCAUUUACGCCUCUAUACUUUGUGGUACACAAGCACGGAGAAUACUGCUAUUUGUGUGGAACUUUAGUACAGUACAUUUUAGUGUGAUUUUGAGGGCUGCAGGCGGCCAACUAUAUGAAACUUGUUGUGCGUAUGACUGUAGGAAGUGGACGUAUAAAGAUACUGGAACUGACUGUACACUGUACUCCAUGUGGAUGUGUGCACUGCUGUGAUCCUAUCUGUGCAUUCACACGAGCGAGAUCCUUAUGGAAGAUUCUAGUGGAAGAAAAAACGAAAACACUGCUCACAGAGACGAGGUUCCGUUCCGUGUUAUGUUGAGCAUUUACACAGUGCGGAAUAUCGGGAGUGGCGUCCUGUACACUUAGCAGACGACACCGUCAGCGUCUUUCCUGUCGUCUGCUACGUAACAUCUUGCGGCUCUGUCGCAGGAUAUUCCCCUCGACUAGAAGUGUAUGUGAACAAUGGACGUUGAGCGUGAGCGCUCAGAAAGCUAUGACGUUUUUUGCGUCUUCCUAAUGUCGCUCGUGUGCGUGCACCUUAUGAAGCAGAUUUUCAUAGUUAUUUCACAAUAUACACACACGUUUUGCGGUUUUUGUUGCUUGUACACUGCCCAUCUUGUGUUGUACAAGCCUUAACACUGCCUUCUAGUCGAAAAUUUUGCGCAACGUGUGUACUACUCACGCAAUGGUACUAUUCAUGACGUAUAAAAUUCCUUUUUCAGUAAAAAUGUGUGACAUUAGCGACGCAAAGUAGGGCUGUGCGAAUAGUUGGAUCGUUCGAAUACUACAGCGAACAACUUGUUCGAAUUCCAAAAUCAAUAUAGAAUUCUAUAUGAGAGUUUAAAAUGGAAGGAACGUGUCCUUCAGCUCUGAGCCUGCAUGUGGAAGUCCAAAAAUUCUACUACAGAGGCCAUAAAACAAAGUGAGCAUGUAUGUUGCAUCUGUAUUCAGUUCAUUUAUAUGACUAUUUGCUUCAUAUUUGCUUU